UGCAUGAUAUGCAAACUUCUAAAUGACUAUUUUAAAAAAGAGGAAUAAUGAGCUAACACUGAAGCAAAAGAGACGACUCUGAGUGAAGCUGUUUAAUCAGCUGUUUCUAGGAAAUAAAAGUGUACCAUGCCAUACGAAGCUGAACCAGACCAUGGAAAUGACCUAUAAAGGCAAAACAACAGUGAGAGGCGUGCUGGAGAGAGAGUAAGCUCCGCCUCCAGGCUUCAUAACCCAGAGUCAGACUGCUCCAAUCUGUCUGUCUGAUUCUGCUGAGAUCAAGAAAGCCCAGAGGACCUGAGAGAUGACGACUGGCUGUGUGAGGUCGACCCUGGAGCCUGAACAUCGACUGAUGACACAGGAAGGCAGACCCUAUGGACUUCUGGAGAGCCUGGCGGACAGGAAGUCAGAGAUGAGGAAUGAUGAAAAAAAGGAAGAGGAGACUCAGGAGGAAGACCUGCUAAAGAAACCUCGCAGAAAAGACACACCUGUCUUGAACUCCCCUCCACAUAUACCAGGAGUCAGACUACUGAAGGCAGAGAAGCAGAUGGUGCACUUAGAGGACGAGGAACAGGAUGUGAAGGAUUAAAAACCUUUAUUUAACUUUCAUUUGGUUCACAAUAAAUGCUUCAUUUCACCAAAUCAAACGUUUAAAUUUAA